AUGGCUGUUGGUCUCGCGUGCGCGACAUAUUUCGCUUGGGCUAGCAUGACUUUCGUUCUCGGUCUCGUUUGCUUGCAUAUGAUCUUGAAUGUGGCUAUCAUUGCUUGCACCGCCCUUUUUGUUAGCAAGUAUUAA